AUGAAAAAUUAAAAUUAAAUUAUUACUGAAAAAGAGAAAAUAUCAUUCAUUUUGAAACUUACUAAAAUGCAAAGUGAUCAUUUUUUUAAAAAUGUACGGAGUAAAUUAUUUUUCUUCAAUUUCUCUUUAAUUUUCCUUUCUUCCUUCUAAUUCCUCCUCAAAGUUAAACAUAUAAAUACUUCCACCAUAAAUUUCCGUCCGGCGAAGUUGAAACUCCGACCACCGCCCAUCCGCCGGCGGCGAAGAUGAACCAAAGUAAUCAAGGUCAACAAACAAGUGAAGGAAGACACGAAGAUGAUGCUGCACUCGCCGAUUUCCUUGCUUCCUUAAUGGACUAUACUCCUACUAUUCCUGAUGAAUUGGUGGAGCAUUACUUGGGUAAAAGUGGAUUUCAAUGUCCCGACGUUAGAUUAAUAAGGUUGGUGGCAGUUGCUACACAGAAGUUUAUUGCAGAUGUUGCCACUGAUGCUCUCCAGCAUUGCAAGGCAAGGCAGUCAGCUGUGGUCAAGGAUAAAAGAGAUAAGCAGCAAAAGGACAAACGCCUUAUCUUGACGAUGGAUGAUCUUUCAAAAUCUUUACGAGAGUAUGGUGUAAACGUCAAACAUCAAGAAUACUUUGCUGAUAGCCCAUCUGCUGGGUUAGAUCCUGCUUCAAGAGAGGAAUAAUGUAAUGCCGGCAAUCAAAUCUCUGCGAUCACAUUCAUCUGAUUGUUCGGGAGGUCAUUGCCUUGUCAUCCUCUUGAUUUCUGAAAAGCUAUAUAGGUUCUGGGAGGAUGCAACUCUUGAUUACUAUGUAUCCAUAUACAUCUGAUUCACUUACCAAUGUUAGCUGUAGUUUCCACCGUUGAUAGAUUGCUUGUUUUGAGAUUCUUUCGUGGUAUUAACAGGGCUGAUGUCGACAACUGGUUCGGAUGUUUAAAUUUGCUUUGAACUGGUUGAUGAAUCUACUUUAUUUUGCCUAA